UAGAAAUAGCCUCACAGUACCACUGUCUCUACGACUCCUCAUUCUGCAGUUUUUACUAACCAGGAAAAAUGGCAGAAGGCAAGAUUCCAGUUUCACAGGAUGAGUUCAUCUGUUCAGUGUGUCUGGAUUUGCUAAAGGGUCCAGUGACGCUUCAUUGUGGACACAAUUACUGUAUGGAGUGUAUUAAGACCUACUGGGAUAGGAAUGAAGAUACUCGUGUCUACAAGUGCCCCCAGUGCAGACAGACCUUCACCCCAAGACCUGAUCUAAGAAGAAACACCACUCUGGCUGCAGUGGUGGAGAAACUGAAGAGGAGGGGGGAUAAGCGUCCUUAUCCAGCUGAUAACCCUGCUGGUCCUGGAGAUGUGCCGUGUGAUGUCUGCAAUGAGAGACAGAUGAGAGCUGUGAAAUCCUGUCUGGUGUGUCUGGCCUCUUACUGUCACACUCACCUCGAUCUUCACUAUGAGCUCAACCCAGGAAACAGACACAAGCUGGUCGAUACUAUAGGACCUUUGCAGGAGAGGAUCUGUUCCAGUCAUGAGAAACCCUUGGAGAUUUAUUGCCGUACUGAUCAGAAAUGUAUUUGUUAUUUGUGCAAAAUGUAUGAACACAGAGGCCAUGAUACAGUCUCAGCUGCAGAAGAGAGGACUGAGAAACAGAAGCAGCUGGGGGUGACACAGACACAAACUCAGCAGAGACUCCAGAAUAAAAUGAAGAAGAAGAAGGAGCUGAGACAGGCUGUGAAUUCGCUCAGUAGCUCUGCACAGGCAAACAUAAAGGACCCUGUCAGGAUCCUUCAUGCUCUGAUCCGCUUCAUUGAUGGAAAAUGUUCUGACAUUCGACACCUGAUCAGAGCUCAAGAGAGGGAAGCAGUGAAUCAGGCUGAAGGACUCUUAGUGCAACUGGAGCAGGAGAUCACUGAGUUGAAGAGGAGAAAUGAUGAACUGAACCAGCUUUCACACACAGAAGAUCACAUCCAUUUCCUCCAGAAUGUCCAGUCUCUCUGUGUCUUUCCUGGAGCUGAAGACUCACCACACAUAACUGUCAAUCCAUACUUCUCUCCUGAGAUUGUGAAGGAAGCUUUGUCAGGACUGAAAGAGCAACUGGAGGACAUCUGCAAAGGGGGAUUUGACAAGAUCUCCAGGACAGUGAGUCAUGUUUACAGUUUGCAGGCCCCAGAGCCCAGGACCAGAGCAGAGCUUUUAAACUAUUUCUGUCAUCUCACACUGGACCUCAACACAGCCCAUAGAGACCUCUGCCUAUCUGAGGGGAACAGGAAGGUGUGCUGGAGUGAAGAGGAGCAGAAUUAUCCUGAUUCCCCUGAGAGAUUUGACAGCUGGAGACAAUUGCUCUGCAGAGAGGGGCUGUCUGGGAUGUGCUUUUACUGGGAGGUGCAGUGGAGUGGAAUAGGGGUUUAUAUAAGUGUCACAUAUAAAGGAAUCAGCAGGAAAGGAGACGGUGAUGACGACUGUCGACUUGGACACAAUGACAAGUCCUGGAGUUUGUUCUGCUCUGGUUCCAGUUGCUGUUUUCUUCAUAGUAAAGAGAACACUGCAGUUACUGUCCCUCCAUCUUCCAGAAUAGGAGUGUAUGUGGAUCAUGUGGCUGGGACUCUGUCAUUUUAUAAUGUCUCUGGAGACACGGUAGCCCUCCUGCAUAGAGUCCAGACCUCAUUCAGCGAGCCCCUGUAUCCUGGAUUUGGGGUUGGGUAUGGGCUUAUCUUUAUUAGCUCCAGUGUGGCUCUGUGCCAGUUGGAGUAGAAAGCCAGAGUGAGAGGAAAAGAAGCAAAAUAAAAUAUAAACAUAGAAAGAAAAUACAAAUAAAGAUUAAAUUGGAUGUCUUUAAACCAUACUCAUGUACACCAGUAGUUGAACAGGGUCUUUCUAUUUGGAGGAUCAUUGAAGAAAGAUACUGUACAACAGUGGUUAAUUUAUACCUGUAUUCCACUACUGUACUGGGCACUCUGGUACUCUGAUCACAUAGGGGAGAGUUUAUAAUUUACAGUUGUACUCCUCUUCUGUACUGGAUACUCUGUAGCUCUGAUCACAUCUGUAUUCCUCUACUCUAUUGGACACUCUAGAACUCUGAUUACACAGGAGAUAGUGUUUAAUUUAUAUCUGUAUUACUUUACUGUAUCAUGUACUAUACUCUUAUAGUGGCAAUGCUUGUUAAUAAGACAGAAUUAAGUGUUACUGUUCUUUCCCAAAUGAGGCCCCA